UAACGUUCCAUUAUCGGAUCGGAUAUUAAGGUUUCAAAAUGGCGGAUAGUAGGAGUGACGAGAUAAAUAGUUCAUGUAAUAAAAGAAGGUUGGAGGCCAAUUUGGUUUUAGAAAAUGAGAACGAAGAAUGUAAGAAAAUGAAAUAUGAAGCAAUGAAUGACUUCCAGUUGGUAAAAAUUCUUGCGGAAGAUGCUAGGAACAAAACUUUAAUUCUGCACUUGCAAAGUAUGUAAUACAUUUUUCUGCCAAACAUGGAUGCAACCCAGAGGUUUUUUCAGGGAUUUUUUAGUGCCGUUAAACGGCCCCAAAAACUCAAUCUUGAAUUGAGUUUUGAAACUCAAUCUUCUCACCAAAGUUUCAGUGCAGUAAAAAUAAAGUUGUUUGAGUUAAAUUCGUGACGUGUGGAAAUUAGUUUUCAGUUGGAAACCCGACAAUUAAAAAAAAAUGGCUGGAAUUCAUCUCACAACACAAGAAAAACUAUGCAUUCGCCAUCUUUGACCCGUUUAUAGUGUCCCUUAGUGGCCCUGCUUUAACACAUUCCGUCUCAACUACAUUUAUUGAGUACAGGUGUCAGUCCCCCCCCCUGGUAGAGGGGGGGGGGUUUGCAGCCACCCCAGCUGUUCAGCUAAACUCAAUCUUCUCUACAAAAAUGGACCCGGGAGAAAAUCCGGAAAAAAACCCUGGCAACCGGAUAUUAGGACAGGGUAGUGAGAUAAUUUCUUUGUCUGUACUGUAGGUGCAUUCUGCCCAGGUACUUAUACAACUAGAUGUGACCAAUCCUGUUCCCAGGCCAUUUGCCCAUUUCCUUUCACUUGGAAAAAGAGGGAGAUCCAUUUCCAGGGACCACAGAGUUGGGGAGUGCCUCCCCCUCCUCCAUCUUUUGCUGCAUAAACUGAAAUAUGGACUUCCCCACAAGACAAGGCAUCACCCCAGGGCUACAAUGCCACCUGAAUACCAUUUUGAAAAUAAGCUUUGAAAGUAUCGCUCUCAUGGAACUACUCAGGCCUUUGCUUAUUCUACAUAUAUUAUCAGGGAGUUGCAGCCUAAAUAAAGCCCCAAUAUUUUGCUAAAUUAUAUGUGUUUGGACAUAAGGAUGCCUAUCAAAUUGGAAAAAAAUGUCAGGUUUGACCCUAUAGCACCAAUAGCAUUUAGGAACAUGAUAUUGAAAUUAAAGUAUGUGCAUGCAUUGUAACACCAACAGCAGCUUACAACUGUGUCAUUAGUAGUGCAUAGGUGUAAGGGUGGGAAAAGUUUAGGGUGGAAGAAAGAAAUUUGCCUGACUUUUUUACACUUUGUCCGACUCAUCCAAAAAAUUUUCCAUGCAAACUUUCCAAAAUUUAAUUAAUAUUGUCAAUAAUUUUUUUUGCAUUUUCGACGUUUAUCUUGCAAUUGCUUGUUUUAAAAUCUAUAUCCCCCAUCUGUUUGCCCAACUCAUGUUUGUGAUUUGCCCAACUUCAUUUUGUGAUUUGCCCAACUUCAUUUUCACUGGGGGUAGCUUUCCUCUGCCCCUGCCUUGUAUGCUUAUGCAUUGGUGUAUUAGUCAUGGCCAGUGAGCUCUAUACAUUACCUGAAGCAAAAACCUCAGUCAUUCGGCAUAUACUCGAUUAUGGAGCUGGCUGGUCAUGAUGAAAUAAUGAGAGGUUUUGAUAUUUUUAUGUUUUAGAUAAAGUUGAACAUAAAGAUGCAGUAUCUAUUCUUGAGAAAACUCCAUUUUCAAAUAAGAUGGUUGACACAAUUCUCUCCUCUGAUGUUAAAAUGGAGCUCCAAUUCAAUAAUGAUAUUUACUCACAAUUUCUUUGCAAAUUCCCAGAAGAAAUAAAUUUUGUGAAGAAUACACUAAUAUAUCCAGCUACUGAAAAACAUCUCAAUAAAUACUCAGCUCAACGAACAUACUUGGUGACUGAAACACCUGACAUUUAUCAGAAGGUCACUCUUCCAUUCAUUGAGGAACAGGCUGGUCAUUUACAGGUGAAAUAUGCCAAAGUUUACUGUUUGUAAUUGCAAAGGCAAUAGCAUUGUUUCAAAAUAUAUGCAAGUUAAGUUAAAACUUGCACAGUAAGUCGAAAUUGAAACAUGUUAACUUGUAUGUCUUACAGUUCAAAAGCAAGUGUGGGGUGUUUUUCAAAUUUGGGAAAAUUAAUAAGUAAAUGCAACUUUAUCCAAUUAAAAAUAUUCCUGACCACGGUGGGAAUCGAACCUACGACCUUUGGAAUACUAGCCCAGUGCUCUGCUAACUGAGCUACGCAAUCUGGUCGGUUCGAGUAUGUGCUAGUAUUCCAAAGGUCGUAGGUUCGAUUCCCACCGUGGUCAGGCAAAUUUUUCAAGCUUGCCCGGUGUGGAUAUACACUCAGGGUAACAUCGCAAGCAUCAUAUUCACCUGAGUACAUUACACCAACACAGAAAAAAUUUAACCGAUUAAGUUGCAUUGUGCCAGAUUAAGUUGCAGACGAUUUGGGAUUUCAGCAAAGCGCUGUUCAAAGGGAAAAAAUCGUUCUCCCAAAUAAAUAUAUUUCACAAUGCCCUCCCUUGUUUGACAGUUUGUCCCAUGUCAAGGUAGUUGCGAGGGAUGAACCAGGCGAGAAUCAUAAUCUAAUGAUAACUUACUAUCAAUGCCGUAUAAUUCAAGCAUAAUGUCCGUAGAGUUAUAUAAUAGAAUAUUUGGCCAUAUUGUUCAAAACUAGUUUGAUAUAAUUAUUCUGGCACUGCAGUCUGAGAAUACAAUGAGAAAUUCAUUGUCUCGAGCAGGUUGUGAACUCACAUCUUCAGGUUUCACGAAUGCCAUUCUUGAUUCUCCCCAUUGGGCUAUUGCAUGAGUAUACAGGGUUGGUAGCGAUUCUUAUCCGGUGCACGAAAUAUUUUCGAAUCCUGCGCGAGACAAGGAAUUUUUUGUUGUACUCUGGUGUGUCAGCUAGAUUAAUAUGAAACUAAUUUUAGAUUAUGCUGGACAUUGAUAUUUAUCAUCAGACCUCAUUAAGGUCGAUCAGACCUCAUUAAGGUCGAUGUCUCCAAAUAUUUCCUUGCAAAUCUAACGUUAUUUUCUAUUUAGUGGGUGUAUAAUAUUUUGGAGAAGAAAGCGGAAGCAGAUCGUAUAGUGUGUGAAGAUCCUCAUCCUGAACAUGGUUUUAUUCUUUUGCCUGAUCUCAAGUGGGAACAAACACAACUGAAUAAUCUUUAUGUCAUGGCAGUUUCUUAUAAACAUGGAAUAAAAACAUUACGAGAUUUAAAUGCCACACACUUGCCACUUCUUAAGAAUAUUCUCAAACAAGGAACGGUAAGAAACAAUCAAAUGUCAGGAUUUUCAAACGUACUGUAUUGUCGUCCCACUUCCAUUCUCGGGUUUCAUAUGGCGUCACGUGGGGGUCAAGGGUCUGUGUCGAGGGUAAAGGACUACUUUUAUAUUUUUUAAUAUAUUGUUUUAUAUUUUCGGAGAACUCAUUUAAAUAAGAUGCGUUGACAGACAUUUUGUUUCUUUCUGAACAAGCUUUCGUUGGUAGGGAUGCAACUACCUGAAAAAAUAUAAGCCCUUACGAGAAUUUCGACGUUUCGAGCGAGGGCCCUUCGUCUGGAGUUACUAUCGGGGGUCGGGAAAAUUACAUGAGCUUUCAUGCUAAGAAUAUAAAAACGAUCACGUGACAAAAAAUAAACCAAUCAGACGGAAUUAGGCAAAACAAAGUUUAAACAAUCAAAGGCCGUUGAGGCCGACUCGCGGAUCAGAUCAAAUGAAAGUGACAGGACCAAUUAGAGCAGUUUGCAGUUGUUUUUGCAAACGAGCACCGUGCCAAAUCAAAAGAACGAACGCGUGCUCCAGCCCGAUUUCCGGUUCUGAAAGGCCCGAUUCGCUGGCAAACAGUGCGCGCAAAGCAGGCUGGUCAUUUCCCAUUCCCCACACUCAAGUAACCACAAAGACUCACAGAUGUUGAUUCGCAACAUCCAUGAGUCAAAAACGUAAAUCACAUUAUAGAUUAUAUUAAAUACAAAUAUACAGAAAACUGCAGCAAAUACAACAAAAUAUAUGAAACAAGUAUGGAAUAAGGUAAAAAUGAAAAGUAUUACUGUCAACGUUUGCUUUUGACAGGCAAAGACAAAGUUAAACAUAGGGAAAACGUUCAUUAAUGCCAUAGAGGUAGACAGUGCCAAGUUUGGAAAUGAGGCGCAUUUCAUGUCUUUUGGGGCUAUCGUUGCUACCAGAAAUAUUCAAUGGACCGCGUUGCUACCAGAAAUGGGACGAAGGGCUCGAAUUUCCACAUCAGAAACACUGUGAUUGCCAGUAUUAAAAUGUCUGGCAACGGGCUGGUUAGCAUCAUUGCCAAUGACUGCACAUCGAUGCUCAUUAGACUUUGUCCUUAAAGGUCUUUUUCUCCAAUUAGCAUGCCACAUCUACUGCUUGAGAUGCAGUAGAUGAGAUGGGAGGAGGUGCACGUGAAAUGGUGUUCAUCUUGAUUAACGAAUAUAAGUAAAUAAAAUAUAUAGAAAUCUAAUGAGUGUAUACUGUAUAUUGACAUUCUAGGAAGCAAUUCUGAAGACUUACAACGUCCAUCCAUCACAACUCCGUGUUUUUGUUCAUUACCAGCCAAGCUACUAUCAUUUUCACGUGCAUUUCACGCACGUGGAGUAUGACGCACCAGGAAGUGUCGUAGGUAGAGCUCAUCUCUUGCAGGAUAUUAUUGAUAAUAUUGAAAACUUUGACAGUAACUACUAUGCAAAGAAAACUUUGCAAUUUAAUAUAAGUGAAAAAAACAAACUUUUUUCUCGUUUAAAGACUGCAGGAAUAGUUAGUGAAAUAACUGUUGAAUAGACAACAUAGAUAAUAUACAAAUAAUGAAUGUUUAUGAGUGCAAUGGUAAGAAUAUUUUCAUGAGGUGAAAGAUGGAAUGUUCCAUUCAACGAGGCGACAGCCGAGUUGAAUGGAACAUUCCAUCUUUCACCGAAUGAAAAUAUUCUUACCAUUGCACGAAGGAACAUUCAUUAUUUGUUUUAUAUAAUACCAAAAUAGUUUAAAUAGACUAAUAGAUUCGUAUGAGAAGCAUUUUGAGGGAUGCGAUUUAUCGAAAACACAAAGAGUGCAAUUGUACUAUACGUUUUAUUCCAUUGCACUCGCGGAGAGUGCAAUGGAACUCUUGGGAAAUGGAAUUUUCUAUUCGAUAUCACGUGACCAUAAACAGCCAAUUAAACGAUUAGAAUUUAUUAAGGUAUUAUAUAAUAGUUUUUACUGACUACUGUAAAUAUGUUUACAUUGCCUUCAUAUUAAAGUUUUUCGAUUUUCACUGUCCG